AUGACUCGGUAUUCUGAGUUAGUCAGUAUUAUUGUUUACUCAGUUUCGUUAUUGCCCUUUAUUUCGUCUUACUAUUCUUUCCUCUGUUUCGUUAAUCUUGUUUCUCUAGAAAAGGCUACUAGUGAUGGUCGAGUGACGUCAACACCUGUCCAAGAAGAUCCUGUCGAUAAAGCAAAAAAGGCAAACUGGAAGGCGAGGAUUCUCAUCGCUCUCGGAUUAAUCCUUCCUAUUGUUGCUGGAGUGAUCGGCGUUGUUGCCUGGGCAGUAAACGCUGAAACUGUAAUGGGAAGAAGCAGAGUUAACACAUCAUUUAUGCCUAAUCAGAUUGAUAGUGGAACUGGUGGAAGAAAACAAAGUCAUAGUUUGUCAUUUUUGGAGAAUAGAGUAGACAGAGGCUUCGGUACAAAUCAUGUUCUAAGCAGACCCAUGAGCAAGUUCCCAGUCGUUACUAUGAGAAGUGGUAUUACUAGGGACUUCUCAAAGAACGACGCCAUUUCUAGUAGUUCUGGUCAGUCAAAAAAGAACAAUGAUGACGUAUUUUUUGUCCAGUACGUGCCGAAUGAUAAAAAGAAAUACGAUCCAAUGAUGGAAAAAGAAAUGUCUGUUGAAAGUUCGAUUGACAAUCGAGAUUCGUCAACAAAAUUAGCGAUAAACAAAAAUACUGACAUUAGUGAUUUACUGACAAAAUUUAUUGAAAAAUCCAAAGACAAUGGAAAAAACUCACGGCAUUCUCUUGUAUUUUCGCCUUCAACGAUUAAAUCUACGAAGAAGAUCGCCAAGAGUUCUUUUUCGCAGUUGGCAAAUAAUCCAAACUACAGAGUUCAGUUCGAUGAGGAUCUUGAUUAUAUUAAUCCUUUGGAUGGCUUACAAUUAUCCGAUGAUACAACAUUAAAGAGUUAUUCCACGAGAUCUGAAAACAGUGGAAAAUCAUCAUCCCAGACCUUGGGCCCUAAUAGGUCUGGUGAACAACCGCUUGUACCUAAUAAACAAUCAACCAUCCAGAAUGAUGGCGGUUACUCUGGUGGUUCACCACAAAAUUAUGGAGGAUAUGCUCCUUCAGCUCCCCCUCCUUCUUCCAGUUAUCCAUCUAACAACUAUGGACAACAUCCUCCUCCUUCUGAUUAUCCUCCUUCCAGUUAUCCAGCACCUGUUGAGAGCUAUCCAUCCAACAACUAUGAACAACAGCCUCCUGCUUCUGAUUAUCCUCGUUCCAGUUAUCCAGCACCUGUUGAGAGCUAUCCAUCCAACAACUAUGAACAACGUCCUACUGCUUCUGAUUAUCCUCCUCCCAGUCCUCCAAAAAUAGACUACAAGAAUGAUGGAAGUUACGAUAAUGACUAUCAGGAAAGCAGCUACGUUCAGGGGUAUGACGACCACGUUCCCUCUAAGGGGCUAUCAUUACACAUAGGUGGGGGUGGCGGUCAUGGACUAAUUAAUCCUAUCAGUUCUUUAUCAAGUCUUCUGCUUCCUAGCCUGGGGAAACCCAAAGUCAACCUCAAUGGACGAGUAGUGCUUGGAGUUGUUCUGGAUAAAGGAAUCGGACUGGGGGGUAACAAAGGGCUCCAUGGUGGUUAUAUCGGUUAA